AAACAACAUUUUUGACACUUAUUUAUUUGUUCAUACUAAAAUUUGUUUAGUCAAAUUGAGAGAUAUGAUUCAAUAGCAAAUAUUCUCAAUCAAAUUAACUACCUGACUAUUGAGAUCGGUAAGUUAUAUAGUUUGAUGGCUCUAACGUUCCAUCUUAAUUGUGACAGUUCUUUUUGCUUAUCAGUUGGUCUUAAACUAUUAUGAUUGAAGCACCUGUUUGUUUGGCACUUGCUGUAGAAAUGAAUUAUGGUCCGGCAUUUAUACCCCAGUUUUUAUAACAAUCCAAUACUUUUUAUUAAAUCGUGAAAUAAAGUCUGUAUCUAAAAAAAUUGAUCGCUCUUAUUUCAAAAUGUCCACACCUUCUAAAAAAAUAGCUUGUUUUCGUUUUCGCGAACUAGCCACAGUUAUUUUAGCACUAUCGUACCAAUUUAUAUUCGGUUUAUUUCUGACAAUUACCGAACCUUUGUUCCCUUUAGAUGCCGAUGAUAAAAACAUAUCUCGUUCGGUUGUCGGAAUAAUAUCCGGAUGUUCCGACAUCGCCUCGGCGCUUUGCGGGCUUCUCUUCCCUAAAAUUGUUCACAUGGUCGAUAUGAAGACGUUUUUCUGGGUCGGCCUCGGGCUUAUUUCGGGUUCAAAUUUACUCUUCGGGCUGAUUACUUAUAUAACCUCGACUUGGGUUUACAUAGGCGUGGCUUUGGUUUUAAGAGUCGGAACUGGAGUCGGUUAUUCGGCAUGUUGGGCGUCGUUAUUUCCCAUUCUUCUCGCUCUUUACCCGGACCGAGCUGGACUAAUGUCGGGUCUGACAGUCAUCGCGUUCGAGAGCGGGUCCAUUUUGGGCCCAAUUUUAGCGAGUGUCUUUUAUAACAUGCAUGGGUUUGCAUUGCCUUAUUUGGUGACCGGUUCGUUUGGGCUUUUUGUGACGUUUCUGUGCAUUGUGUUUAUGCUCCCUCAAGAUAAUCAGGGAAGUGACAAGAAAGAAAAAGAAAAACUGGUUGAGAAGGUUAAAGAAUCAUCAUCGUCUUCUCAGUCAUUGCAAACGAGAUCAGAGGUGAUGCAAAAAGUGUGCAGAUCCCCCACGAUUGCAAUCAGCACCAUCCCCUACGCCCUCAACUACUCCCUUCUGGGGGUCAUCGCCGUCUUCUUCUCCCCUUUCCUAAUCAACGUCGUCAAAAUACAAGAGAGCUCAAUUGGACUUUACUACGUUCCACAUGCUGUGCUAGCCUUGAUUUGCUCACCUGUCGUCGGUUAUUUAGUCGACAAAGGAUACAAAUGGACAAUCUUUUUCCUCUCUCCUAUUUUGGGCGCCAGCGGAUGUCUACUUUUGGGUGCUCUUCUGUUCUACGACGGGAGUUACGCCAACUACUUUUUAUUCUCGGGUCUGAUUUUGGCGCGGGGGUUCUGUUACAUAACUGGCUACGUUGCCGGUUUAGUAGUUCUUCAUGAUGUGUUUAAACAGGAGCUUUCAAACUCAUCGAAUUCGACAGAAUAUCGUUUUCUGAUGUCAGCAUGGACCAAUACGUGGUCAAAAGUAGGCGUGACUUUUGGCUCUAUUAUUAUUGGCGGCUUAGUGUUUGAGUUUUUGGGCUAUGCAGGUGCUAUUGCACUUGAAAUGUCGAUGUUUCUGCUUUCAAUUAUAUUUUCUUUACUUUCAUAUCGGCUAAUUGCUUUUCCGAAGAAAUACUCCACAAUAUGAAUUAUUAUUCACGAACUUUUUGACCAAAUUUUGAUUAAUUUAAUUUGAUGCGUUUUUUUCUCGAAUAGAAAUAGGCCAAAUU